AUGCCCGCAUUGUCUCCAACGAUGACCUCUGGAAACAUUGGAGCAUGGCACAAGAAGGCCGGUGACGCCAUCAGUCCCGGUGAGGUGCUGGUAGAAAUCGAGACCGAUAAGGCGCAGAUGGACUUUGAAUUUCAGGAGGAAGGUGUUCUUGCCAAGAUCCUGAAAGAGGCUGGUGAGAAGGAUGUGUCUGUCGGAAACCCCAUCGCCGUUCUGGUGGAGGAGGGUACGGAUAUUGCGCCGUUCGAAUCCUUCACUCUGGAAGACGCUGGCGGAGACAAGGCGCCCGCUAAGAAACCUGUUGAGGAGUCCAAGGGUGCUGCCGACGAGGCCCCGAAGCAGCCUGCUCCCACAGCAGCAGUUGAGUCCAAGCCCGAGGCCGUGGAGCCCGAAGUUACUGGGGAGAGGCUGCAGCCGGCGCUCGACCGGGAACCUCAGAUUAGCCCUGCUGCGAAAGCUUUGGCUCUGGAGAAGGGUGUGCCGAUCAAGGCGCUCAAGGGCACGGGACGAGGUGGUCAGAUCACCAAGGAGGACGUUGAGAAGUACAAGCCCAGUGUGUCUGCUGCUGCCGCCGGCCCUACCUACGAAGAUAUCCCUCUUACGUCGAUGCGCAAGACCAUUGCCAACCGACUAAAGCAAUCGAUGCACGACAACCCCCACUACUUCGUGUCGGCCACCCUGUCUGUGACCAAGCUCCUGAAACUUCGCGAAGCCCUCAACGCGUCGGCGGAGGGCAGGUACAAGCUCUCUGUUAACGACUUCCUUGUCAAGGCAUGCGCUGCGGCUCUCAUGAAGGUGCCGGCUGUCAACUCCAGCUGGCACGAGGAGAACGGACAGGUGGUCAUCCGACAGCACAAGACGGUCGACAUCAGCGUGGCCGUCGCCACUCCUUCUGGUCUCAUUACGCCCGUGGUUAAGAAUGUUCAGAACCUCGGCCUGGCCAGCAUUUCGAACCAGAUCAAGGACCUUGGCAAGCGUGCCCGUGACAACAAGCUCAAGCCGGAGGAGUACCAGGGUGGCACCUUUACGAUCAGCAACUUGGGAAUGAACCCGGCCGUUGAACGAUUCACGGCCGUGAUCAACCCUCCUCAGGCUGCUAUCCUCGCUGUCGGUACCAUCCGCAAGGUGCCUGUUCCCAAGGAGACUGAGGAAGGCACCUCCGUCGAAUGGGACGACCAGAUCGUGGUCACUGGAAGCUUUGACCACAAGGUGGUUGACGGCGCUGUUGGUGGAGAGUGGAUUAAGGAACUGAAGAGGGUUGUGGAGAACCCGCUGGAGCUCUUGUUGUAA